CCGGGUCACUGAGCUGACACUCCAAGGAAAGCAGCCGCAAAGCAAAGAGAAGUUUAUGGGUUGAGGCGGCAAAAUGGGUGAUUCAGACAGUGAAGACAGCGAUGGAGAGGGCGGUCUGGGCAACGUUUCCCGGGUUAUCAUCCGACCGCCCGGCCAGAGCGGCAAGGCCAAGAGAGGUCAUCUCUGUUUCGAUGCGGCUUUUGAAACGGGAAACCUGGGGAAGGCGGAGCUGGUGGGCGAAUUCGAGUACGAUUUGUUUCUGAGACCAGACACCUGUAAUCCACGCUUUCGCUUCUGGUUCAACUUCACCGUGGACAAUGUGAAACAAGAUCAGCGAGUGCUCUUCCACAUUGUAAACAUCAGCAAGAGCAGGAAUCUGUUUUCAUCGGGACUGACUCCGUUGGUUAAAAGUUCCAGUAGACCUAAAUGGCAAAGGCUGCCCAAGCGACAGGUGUUCUUUUACCGAUCGGCCAUGCAUCAAGGGCACUAUGUGCUAAGCUUUGCUUUCAUUUUCGACAAGGAGGAGGAUGUCUACCAGUUUGCAUUGGCUUGGCCAUAUAGCUACUCCCGUCUGCAGUCGUAUUUGAAUGUAAUUGAUGCCAGGCAGGGAACAGAUAAGCGGUUCACUCGGAGUGUGCUUAUUAAAUCGUUGCAAAAUCGCAACGUGGACCUGCUGACCAUCGACCAUGUGACCUCCAAACAGCGCUCCACAAAUCGCUUGGAUCGCAGCUUUAUCCGGGUGAUUGUUAUCCUAUGCAGAACGCAUUCCAGUGAAGCCCCAGCCUCCCAUGUGUGCCAGGGUUUGAUCGAGUUCCUUGUGGGCAACCACCCCAUUGCCGGGGUCUUGAGGGAUAACUUCGUCUUCAAGAUUGUGCCCAUGGUGAAUCCGGAUGGGGUGUUCCUCGGCAACAAUCGCUGCAAUCUGAUGGGCCAGGACAUGAAUCGCAAUUGGCACAUUGGGUCAGAGUUCACGCAGCCGGAAUUGCACGCGGUGAAGGGCAUGCUGAAGGAGUUGGAUAAUUCAGAUACCUAUCAGAUUGAUUUUGUGAUCGAUCUGCACGCCAAUAGCAGCAUGCAUGGCUGCUUUAUAUACGGGAACACAUACGAGGAUGUCUACAGGUACGAGAGGCACCUGGUGUUCCCGCGACUCUUUGCCAGCAAUGCUCCGGAUUACGUGGCGGAUCACACGAUGUUCAAUGCGGAUGAACGCAAGGCGGGCAGUAUGCGGAGAUUCAGUUGCGAGAGACUCAGUGAUACGGUGAAUGCCUACACUUUGGAGGUCUCCAUGGCGGGUCACUUCCUGAAAGAUGGCAAGACCAUAUCCCUGUACAACGAGGAUGGAUAUUACCGAGUUGGCAGAAAUCUGGCAAGGACACUGCUGCAGUACUACCGCUUCAUCAAUAUCCUGCCCAUGCCGAUAGUGACUGAGGUCCGGGGCAAACGUCGGGGGCGAAACCGGCAUGCCCACCACUCGAGAUCCCGGUCGAAAACCCGCUACGAGGUGAAGCCUCGACCAAAAACGCCGCGAUGCCACGCCCCCAUUGCCUACACCAACCUCAGUAUCUGCUACGAUUCAGGGGGCGGCGGCGGCGGAGGAGGAGGAGGUGGUUCCUCUGACGAGGGAGGCUUCUCACCCGCUCGACCUUUGGCCCCCGGCAGCAGCUGUUUCAGUGGCUAUCGAAACUACAGAAGGGCGGCCACAGCAAGUUGCUCCCAACAUCCUGGACACGAUCAGUACUCCCCCUUCGCCUUGGGAGCCCUAAAAACGGGGAGUGAUCAUGGAGGGGGAGGUGUGGUGAAAGGCAAGAGGUCAGCAGCGGUCACCAUCGAAGUUCCUUUGCCCGUGAAUGUACCUCCCAAACCAUAUCUGUCCAUCAUCGAUUUAAAUCAACUAACCAGGGGAAGCCUGAAACUAAAGUCCAAUAGUUUUGAUGCCGCGGACAGAAGAUAGGAUGAGUGGUGAUAUGGCAAAGGGUUAGUGACCUCCAUCGUUAUGGAUCCGAAAUGGGUGAUAAGUUGUUUUAGAUAUAUUCAAGUCUUUUUUCUAGCUUCUAGCUUGUUUUUCUAAAUUAAAAGUUAUAACAAUAAAUCUAUAAACAAUUGUAAUUUAACUGGCCUUGUGUUGGGUAGGAUCGUAAUAUAUACACAUAUUUCUUAAAUAUUAAUAGGAAUUCUUCUGAGUAUGUAAUGCUUUUCAAUAACCUGGUUAAAAUG